AUGGCACAAGAAACCAGAGGAGAAGAAGAGAAGAUCAAAGAAGUGGUGGAGGAAGAGACGACGACGGAGGCGGGUGCUCUGAGCCCGAGGUUUAAGCUGAAUGUCCACGCGCCGGAGUUCGUGCCGCGGUCGCACUUGCCGGCGGUCGCCACCGCGCCGCCGUCUUCCUUACCAGGAGGGUGCUUCUACCCCUACCUCCAGUUCUUCAACGGCGGCAACGGCGGCGGCGGCGGCGGCUCAUUGGGACCAGAAUGGUUCUACUUCGCAGACCAAGAAUCCACUCACUUCGUUCCGGAUUUCUACGGCAAAGGCGCAGCAGCAAGCCCGAAGAACAGCAGCGAUCUAGCUCAAAAGAUAGUAAAGCAGGUGGAGUACCAGUUCAGCGAUACCAAUCUGGUUGCAAAUGAUUUCCUGAUGAAGAUUAUGAACAAAGAUCCAGAAGGAUAUGUGCCAAUGUCAGUGGUUGCUUCUUGGAAAAAGAUAAAAGCUCUUGAUGUCAAUAACUACACGCUCAUUAAAGCCCUCAAGACCUCCUCUAAGCUAGUUCUUAGCGAGGAUGGCAAGAAGAUCAAACGCAAGCAACUUUUCACUGAAAGAGACAAAGAGGAGCUCCAAUCUCGUACUGUUGUGGUAGAGAAUCUGCCAGAGGAUUACUCGCGCCAGAACCUUGAAAAAAUAUUCAGCGUCGCUGGGUGCGUGAAGAACAUCAGGAUAUGCCAUCCUCAGGAGCCAAACUCAGCGAGAAGCUCCAAGAAUGAUGUGCUGAUCAGCAAUAAGCUGCAUGCGCUGGUGGAGUACGAGAGCACGGAUCAAGCUGAGAAGGCGGUCGAGAAGUUGAACGAUGAGAGGAACUGGAGAAAGGGCCUUCGAGUGAGAACGAUGCUACGAUGCUCUCCAAAAUCUGUGAUCAGAAACAAGAAGCUGGACUUCGAUCACUUCGACAUAUUCUCCGACGAUGAACAGUCGUCCUCUUCCCAAACUCUGGCCGGGUCUCCUCGCGGCGAUCAAGUGCCCCCCGAUCACAGCAACGAGGAGAGCCAGAACGGGGCUCGAAAAGGCUGGGGGAGGGGGCGAGGAGGCAAGGCGCUGGGGCAGGGCGGCGGCCAAGCAGGGGAGGCAAUGAGCAAGCUAUGCUGCCCGCAAAGCCCCCGGAUGCCCGACGGCACGCGCGGGUUUACGAUGGGGCGGGGGAAGCCGUCUCCGGCGACGACGAGUACUCUUGGUCCCGUCGGGCCAUGA